AUGGGCGACGAGAAUUUAGCUGGGCUAGUUGCGGUAGACCACCCCUAUCCACUAAACUCAAACCCAACCACACCUAGUGAUGAGCCAUCAUUUCCCGAGCUUCGAAAUGAUGACGCCGAGUCAUCUUUCUUGUUUGAUGGAGGGACAGCAGGCCAUUCAGUUGAGGAUGACAAUGAUGAUGAACCGGCCGUUGCCAAACCAUUUGUCCGCAUCUCGAGCCCCAACCAAGGAAGUCAACCUGUGUAUCUCGAAGACGACAAGGUAGGGGGGAGUGUCAACUACAAGAUGCAUAAAUUUAGCUUGUAUGAGACAGCUACUCGGUAUUACAUUGUAGGCGGUGAUACGACGGAGAGGCGUUAUCGCAUGCUCAAGAUCGAGAGGACUAGUGACGACUCCGAGCUGAGCAUUACAGAUGAUAAAAUCGUCUACAGCCAGCGGGAGAUGAACCAGCUACUCGACACCAUCGACCACGGCAACAAGGCGACUGGGGGCAUGAAGCUCCGUUGCACCACCUGGGGCCUGUUGGGAUUCAUCAAGUUUACCGGCCCUUAUUACAUGCUCCUCAUUACCAAGAAGUCCACCGUGGCCAUGAUCGGCGGACACUACAUCUAUCAAAUUGAAGGAACAGAGCUCAUUCCCCUCACGCCUGCGAGAUUCAGGGCGGACGGGAGAAACACCGAGGAGCAGCGAUUUCUGGGAAUACUGAACAACCUGGACCUCACACGGUCGUUUUACUACAGUUACUCCUACGAUAUUACGAGUACCCUGCAACAUAACUUGUCCCGAGAGAGGGAGGCGCUCGCGAGGGGCUCCCACAUCCCGGUUCACCACGACUUCAACUCCAUGUUUGUGUGGAAUUCUCACCUCCUCCAACCAGCCGCCAGUGCCUUGCAGGAUCCCUACGACUGGUGCCGUCCCAUCAUCCAUGGAUACAUUGACCAGGCCGGUGCGAGGUUUCUCAAGCGUGGGGCCAAUGACCUGGGAUAUGUGGCAAACGAUGUGGAAACCGAGCAAAUAGUCUCAGAGGCCCUCACGACUUCAUUUCAUGCACCAGGCCCUAAACUGUUUAGUAACCAUCAGUUCACUUCGUACGUGCAACAUCGUGGGAGCAUUCCUCUCCAUUGGACGCAGGAGACGGCAGGCGUAACUCCCAAACCUCCAAUAGAGUUGAACCUCAUCGACCCGUUCUUCGGCGCCGCGGCCUUGCACUUCGACAACCUCUUUGACCGGUACGGAGCUCCUAUUUACGCCCUUGAUCUCGUCAAGGCGAGAGAGCGCAUACCGCGGGAAUCCAAACUACUCGUUGAAUAUACGAAUGCCAUCCAAUACCUAAACCAGUUCCUGCCCUCGGGUAAGAAAAUCAUUCACAAGGCAUGGGAUAUGAGUCGCGCGGCUAAGAGCCGAGACCAAGAUGUUAUCGGCACUCUAGAAUCCAUCGCAGAGGAGGUUGUUACCACCACUGGGUUUUUCCAAAAUGGUGAUGGGGUUGAUGUAACGGGUAGAGUUCAAAAUGGGAUUGCCCGCACCAACUGCAUCGAUUGCCUAGAUCGAACAAACGCCGCUCAGUUCGUGAUUGGAAAGCGAGCGCUCGGGCAUCAGCUUCAUGCCCUGGGUAUUCUGGAGAACACUUCGAUCGACUAUGAUACGGAUGCUGUCAACCUCUUCACUCAUAUGUACCACGACCACGGCGACACUAUUGCCGUCCAAUAUGGUGGCUCCCAACUCGUCAACACAAUGGAGACGUACCGAAAAAUCAAUCAGUGGACAAGUCACUCGAGAGAUAUGAUUGAGAGCUUCAAGCGCUAUUACAACAAUUCCUUCCUCGACGGGCAGCGCCAGGAAGCCUACAACCUCUUCCUCGGCAACUACAAAUUCGUCCAAGGGCAGCCCAUGCUCUGGGAUCUCACAACCGACUAUUACCUACACCACUCUGAUCCCAGAUCAUGGGCAGACAAGGCGAAGCAUAACUAUAUACAUUGGUAUACACCCGAGAACCUUGCCACUCGGGUGCUCCCGAGACUUACACGAAAUUUGCAAAGCCGAGAGAACGUCCUCCAAGCUGUCGUCGAUGAUUACUGGCUAGAAUAUUACCGGCCAUCAACGUUAUCAUCAUUCCUCAAGAUGUUUCCGUAUAAGAUGAACUCCACCAUAAAAUACAUACCCUUCAGGUCGUCGCAAAUGGGAAAAUACGACCUGAGUCCGUUUCGGGUACGAAUGAUCUCGGACAUUGACGACCAGGAUAAGAUCAAGGCGAAGAAAGGGGUAGCUGUUGUGGUCCCAUCUUCUGAUGGUCACGUACCGCCCGACCCUGGAAUAGCUUCCGACAUGGCAAGUAGGGCAUUGGGUGGCAGGGGUAUCUCAAUCCAUCGAUGGUUACAACCCACCCAGCAUGGCUCGUUGGCCGACCACGCCGCUAGCAAAGAAGUAAACGCAACUGACGAAUCGCCCAAGCCGCCCAAGCAGUCGGCCCUAGAGAAAUCGAGAGCCGCACAAUGGACGUUCAAAAAGGCUGUCCACGAGUCCCUGAACCCCACAGUGAGCGCCCAAGAGAUGGAUGACUAUGCCAGAUACAUCGCCCAUCCUCAGAAUCUCCCGCUCGUCGUGUCUGCUAACCUGCCAGAAGAGUAUGAUUCGGAAUACCAGGAAUAUGUAGCUGGCAACUGGCAAUCCAACAGUCUUUUACCGAGCGGAGCGGAAGACCAGAACGAAGUGUAUACGGAAUUAUUGAAGGUCGGUGAGAACCCUUUGACGGUGACGGAGGAAGACGGAGAGAAAAAGCGAUAUAAAGCUUAUCGCAAGUGGCUGCGGGGAAAGUCGUUCUUCAAACAGCAACCAGUCGAUUAA